CAUUCUGAGGGCUGGGUGGAGGUUCGGUUGCUCUGGAAAGACGCCGGCGCCUUUACCACGAGAAAACAAAACAAAACAAACACAAAACAAAACAAAAAAACGCGAACAAACAAAAAAACAAAAUAUAUAAAUCUCCUCCAUACAACAACAACAACAACAAAAAACCAACAAAAAGGGGAGGAAAAAGCUCGCUUCCCCCUUCCCUUCCCCCUCCCCACCUUCCCCCGGUGCCGUGGAAGAGCCGCCAUCGCAGCCUCCGUCCUUUGGACCGCCCUUGGGAAGCCGUUGCAAACCUGAAGGAAACUGCCACUUAAAAACAUACCCCCUCCUUCCUCUUCUUUCCCCUCUCCCCAUCCCAACAAUCCAAAGGGAAACAGCCAAAACUCCCCGAUUUUUCCGAUUUUUUCGCCAGUUUUUUGAUCCUGCUCCUUUUUGGCACCAUUUAACGCGACAAAAAGCACCCUCGUAGGGAAAAAAAGCCCCAAACUCCCCCCCCCCUUGCAGUUUGCAGCCUCAAAGCUGCCUUUUUUCCACCCAUGACCCAGCCCAAAGCAGCUCUUUUUUGGCUCUGAGCACCCCACCAAUGCCUAAAUCCAAACCUUGAAGCGCUGUCGGCGAGCAAAAUAAUUGGAUAGGCUCUCCUGCCAUGGGCUCGGGCCCCAUCGACCCCAAGGAGCUCCUCAAGGGCUUGGAUUGCUUCCUGGGCCGCGAUGGCGAGGUCAAGAGCAUGGAGGGCAUCACCAAGAUCUUCAACCUGAUGAAGGACUCGCAGAAGCUGGUGAGCCGCUGCAUCUACCUGAACAUCCUGCUGCAGACCCGUGCCCAGGACAUCCUGGCCAAGUUCAUCCGCAUUGGGGGGUACAAACUGCUCAAUACCUGGCUCACCAGCUCCAAAGCCUCCAACAACGUCCCCUUCCUGCAGCAGAUCCUGCUCACCCUGCAGCACCUGCCUCUCACUGUGGACCACCUCAAACAGAAUAACACAGCCAAGCUGGUGAAGCAGCUCAGCAAGUCAAGCGAUGAUGAAGAGCUGCGCCGCCUCGCCUCCAUCCUGGUCAGUGACUGGAUGGGUGUCAUCCGGUCCCAGAGCAGCGCCCAGCCCAGUGAACGGGAUAAAAAGAAGCGGAAGGAGGAAGGGAAAAGCAAAUCCCCUGCUCAGGAGAAGCCCCAAGAGGCCAAAGCUGAGGCGAAAAGUGAGGAAAUGCCAGAGAAGAAACGGGAGAAACCCAAAUCCCUGCGGACCACAGCACCCAGCCACGCCAAGUUCCGCUCCACGGGGCUGGAGAUGGAGACGCCUUCGUUAGUGCCCUUGAAGAAGAUGAACUCUGCUUCCAGCGCUGACAAGUACAGCCUGAAGCCAAUGCCCAUCAAGAGGCAGAACCUCUCCUCAGCCACCGGCGAUGCCCCCCCCGCAGAGAAGAAGUACAAGCCCCUGAACACAGCCCCCAACGCCACCAAGGAGAUCAAAGUCAAGAUCAUCCCCCCCCAGCCCAUGGAGGGUCUCGGCUUCCUGGAUGCCCUCAACUCUGCUCCCAUCCCUGGUAUCAAGAUCAAGAAGAAGAAGAAGGUUUUGUCUCCCACUGCAGCCAAGCCCAGCCCCUUUGAGGGGAAGGCAGCUCCCGAAGCCACCUCCACCAAACCCUCAUCCCCGGAGCCCAGUGCGGCCUCAGAGCCCAUGGAUACGGAUCGGCCUGGAACCCCAGUGCCGGCUGUGGAGGUGCCGGAGCCCAUGGAGACCUGCUCCUCGGAGGCGAGUGGUGAUUCCAGAAGCAUGGAAAACCCAAUGGAGAGCGGGCAGCUCACCAAGAAGGGCCGCAAGAAGAAGACCGUGAGCUGGCCGGAGGAAGGGAAGCUCCGGGAAUACUUCUACUUCGAGCUGGAUGAGACGGAGCGAGUGAACGUGAACAAGAUCAAGGACUUCGGGGAAGCAGCCAAGCGGGAGAUGCUCAAGGACCGGCAGGCGUUUGAGACGGCGCGGCGCCUGAGCCAUGAUGCUAUGGAGGAGAAGGUGCCAUGGGUGUACCCCAAGCUCCUGGAGCUGCCGGCUCCUCUGGUGGUGCCAGGCAGUGGGAGCCGGGAGCGCUUCACCCAGGCCGAGAGGGAGAAGGGGAUCCUGCAGGAGCUCUUCCUGUCCAAGGAGAGUGUUCCCGACAGCCCCCACGAGCCCGAUCCCGAAUCCUACGAGCCGCUUCCUCCCAAGCUCAUCCCAUUGGAUGAGGACUGCUCCAGUGAGGAAGGGCCUUAUCCCGAUGGAUUGGACCCGGGAUCAUCCUCCCCAUCCCCGGAUGCUGGUUCCAAGCUCCCCCCGGUCCUGGCCAACCUGAUGGGAAGCGUCGGAGCCGGGAAGAGCCCCCAGGGCCCAGCCCCGGGCGCAGGCAUCAACAUGCAGGAGAUCCUGAGCUCCAUCAUGGGUGGUCCCAGCACCCACAAGGCUGAGGAGCUGCUCAAGCAACCGGAUUACUCAGACAAGAUCAAGCAUCUCCUGGGAAACCUGCAGGCUCCAGGGCCUGGUGGAGUGCCCCACGGUUUGCUGGGCCCCGGCCCCAUGGCCAAUGGCUUCCCACCGGGCCCCAAGGCCAUGCAGCACUUCCCCCCGGGGGGGCCCAUGCCUGGCCCCCACGGCGGCGGCGGGGGGGGCCCGGGGAUGCCCCCCGGCCCCGGGGGGGGGAUGCCCGGGGGGGCCCGGUCCAGCCGUGCCGUUUGUCGCCACUUCCUGCUCAAGGGCAGCUGCAGGUACGAGAACAAGUGUGCCUUCUACCACCCCCUCCCAUAG